AGAGGGGUUUUUCCUUUUCUCAAUAAAACCUCUUCUCUUCUCUUCCUUCCUUCCUUCCUCUCUGAAAAUCAUCUAAUCAUUUGCCUUCAUACCCUCUCCGUCAAUCGCCCGCCGCCGGCGCCCUGUUGUCCGUUAGGAAUUAGUAAUUUCCGAGCAACAGAGAGCCUGACCGGGAAAGGAAACUAUUCGUUUUCCCCCCACCUUUUCUUCUUCCCCAUUCCUGAUUCCGGUUUGAAUGUUACCGGAGAAAGCCUCGUCGUCGGAGUUCUCCUUACGUAUGUGAAUGAUGAGCUAACAUUUAAUUCAUUUCCCUGCCGUAAUUGUAAAAUAAGAAAGAGAGGAAUUGAAUUGUUAAUUGUUCGGAGGGUUUUUUGGGGUUGGGGUUGGGGAGGGAGCGAGGUUCGGCGUUUGGGGUUUGGCUCCCGCAGGGAGAGAUCCUCGAAACGACGGCGUGAGAUUUUGCGGCGUCGUUUCGUUUGAGGGAGAAGAAACGGGGGGUAAAAUUCGGCCGGCGACGAGAUGUGUGCGGCGGCGGCGACGGGGGAGUGGUGGGCGAGAGGGAUAGUUGGGCAGAUCGGGGGAGGGUUAAGCCACGAGAGCGAGAACGAUUUGGCUCUCUUGGUCAGCGAUUUCCUCGAGAACGGCGGCAGUAGCGGCGGCGCUGAGUCCUGGUGCAGUAGCGAUAGCGAGUCGGGGCUCUCCGAUCUCCAUUCCCUUGCCCAUAAGAUUACGUUCUAUAAGCACUCGGUGACCCCCUACGAGAGCGAAUUGCUGUCGCUGGUGCAUUCUCUCAUCGUCUCCAUCAAGGAGACUGAUCUUCAUCUUGUGGAGUCCGGUUCUUGCAAUGCCAGCUGCAUCAGGUUUUCCUUGGUGAAGCUCUUGAGAUUUUCUGGAUAUGAUGCUGCUGUCUGCUCAUCUAAGUGGCAGGGUAGUGCCAAGGUCCCAGGAGGUGAUUAUGAAUAUAUUGAUGUCAUCAACCUCAGCGAAGCUGGAAUUUCAGAACGUCUGAUCAUCGACAUCGACUUCAGAAGCCACUUCGAAAUAGCUAGAGCAGUCGACUCGUACGAUCGGAUACUGCAGCUACUUCCCGUGGUCUAUGUGGGGUCAUUGCCCCGCCUGAAGCAGUAUCUUCAGGUCAUGGUCGAUGGAGCCAGGUCCUCGCUGAAACAAAACUCAAUGCCUCUUCCUCCAUGGAGAUCCCUGGCUUAUCUGCAAGCCAAAUGGCAGUCUCCGUAUCAGAGACUGUUCGCCCCAGAUGGGCGGCACAGCUUGUCGAGCAGCAGCAGCAGCAGCGUUUCCACGUCAUCGUCGUCCGACCACAACUGGCAGUGUGGUGGGCAUCUCAGAAGGCUGCAGUCCUCUAUUCACUACGAACUCGAGGAAGAACGCCUUCUGAAGCCUCUGAACAAUGACAACAACAACAACAGGAUGGUUAAGCGGGAGAGGCGCCGGAGAUACUCCUUGUUGAGGGGUGGUCUCUGAAGAGAGAAAAAAGACGUCUCUGCAGAGAGUGUAUAGAGAAAUUCGGCUGUCGGAAAUGGGAAGUUCCAUUUCUUCUUCACAUUUUUCCCCGGGAAGAGUUUUCUUUUUCUUUAACAAAGAUUGUAUUGCGGCUUUUCUUUCUUCUUCUUCUUCGGUUCUUUUUGCCCUGAGAGAGAUAUAAAUCGUCGGCGGGAGCAGAGUUCAAACAGAGUAUACAAGGAAUAACAAGACAAGAGGCAUUUUUCUUCUGUAUCGUAUACUGUUUUCACAUUUCAUCGCAACAAGUUGAGGGGAAUCCGUGCGUCACAAGGACUAACCUACCAGCAGCAGAGAAUCAAGAAGUCGUCUUCAAACCCAUAGAAAGUUCUUUUUACAUUGUUUUUUUAUGGUUCUUUUUACAUUGUUGUGUUACAGUUUUGAUUGUUAUUCCUUGCCAGGUAUUUGGUUGGCCAAGGAAUUCUUUUCUGUUUUCUUCUUCUUCUUCUGUUCUUCAUUAUCAUCUGUAUACGAAACAAAUAAUUGUGAGGUAUCUGUUAGCAAUUACAGAAAUUAUUAUAAGUCAAUGUCGGAGAUUAGUGGUUGGUUUUUGUUUAAUUAGUGGAAGAUGUUUGGGAA